AUGUACAUUUAUUUUUGCAGCCGGACCCUGUACAGGAGACUGCAAGGAGGAGUUGGCACAGGGCCGGGAGGGCAGCUGUCCCCGCCCCGUGCCCGCACCGACCGACGCCUGUCCCGCAGGACCCCAACCCUCCGGCAGCGGGCAGGGCCGGCCGAGGCGGACCAGGCCUCGGUUCGGGGCACCGACCCCUCACCGGAUCUCCGUCCGGACGACACCCCUCUCCUACCGUCCCGUCCCCCGCGUCCAACUGCGUCGGACCGGGCGCCCGGAGGCUCCUCUCACCGCGAGCGCACGCAGCCACGCACGCCCGGCCGCCGGGGAUGGGGCUGCGGAGGAGGGGGCGGGCCCGUGCUGCAGCUCCCCGGCCCGACCGACCCGGCCUCGGAGAGCGAGCACCGGCAGCUCCCCGCAGCCCCGGGCGUUGGGCGAGCGCCGGUGGCCGGAGGGCUCCAGGGCCAGCGUGGACAGGGACCGAGCGUCCCGACCCCCGCGGCGAGGCCUCCACGCCCCCUCCCCCUCCCAACGUGCGGCAGCCUCCGCCGACCCGGGCCUAAGGGACGAGGACGCCGCCCGCCCGAGCGUGCGAGCCGCGCCCACAGUACUGACCCCCUCGGGCCGCCGCCGCUCGCCCGGGUCUCCGGUCCGCCGGGCCCCGACCCCGUUCCUCAGCCUCCGCCGCCGCUGCCUCGGAGCGCCUCUGGCCCCGCUCGCUCUGUUUGUUUUUGUUUUGUUCUACCCAGUAACACGGGGGCGACGGCGUGGCGUCUAUUGGCCGAGAGGAGGACGUCCCGCAGCCAAUCGUGGCGGCCGAGCUGCAGCCGAGGCGGCGAGGCAGAGCUAGGGGAAGUGAGACGUGGAAAUAGGGGCGGGGCUCAGGGGGGCGGGGCGCCGUCGGCGCAUGCGCGCUGGGCUUGGGACCCGCUCGGCCACCAGCCAGAGUGGGGGUUAAGUGCAGAGGGCCGGGUUGUGAAAGCGGGCGGAGGGCUGUGCCGGGCUGGGGGCUGGGGGCUGGGGCGCGGCUCGUGGACCAGACCGGCCAGUCCUCUCUACAGGGCGUCUCAGCCCAAUUCUAGGGCGGUUGUGGAUUUCCUGAGGUCCCCACUAUUUCUGGGCGUCUGGGAGAAUCUGCAACCACUACUUAACUUCUGCCCGCUGGUCCUUGCUCUCGCGUGGCUCCUGCCGUGUGUCCACGUGCUCAGGAAGUUUCUCGCAGGAAAAGCCUAACCCCUUUGAGAUAAAAAUCGCUCCCUUUUCCCAGAUAAAGAGAUACAAAAACUGAAGUCCCUUUGCUAACCAGCCAGGCCACUAUGGUGCUUGCAUUCUUUCCAAAGCUGGGUUUCUCAACCAUGGCUAUGGUUUGUGUAUUGAAUCAGCCCUCUCUAGCUGUCUUCUGUGACGUUUCCUUCUGGCUGCCAUCUCUAGCCUUCAUUUUGUCUCGGAUGUUAUCGCCUGAGAUAAUGUGCAGCACCGUAUGUUCUUCCUGUGCACCUGGAAAGUGACUGACCUGCUUUCUCUGGCCAUGUUUACCUUUAGUCUGAAUGGCAAUACCAGAAUGUUUCCCUUGGUCUUUUCAGAACUGAACUGCUCGAUAGCAACCACCAUCCCCUAACGUGGGCCUUUCUACCCCGGCUCUUACUGCCUGGUGUUAUCUAAUGUUCUUCACACACACACACACACACACACACACACACACACACACACCUUCACAAGCUCCCCACUGCCUCCCUGGAGUGCCUGCUUCUCAGCAGACACCCUAGAGCCCACAGUGCGACUUAUAGGCUUCAAGGCUAUGUCUGCACACCCUAACCCCUGGAUACCCGUCCUCCUGAACCCACUUGGACAGCUCACUGCUCCGCAUCCUCCCUUGUGUCUUGCCAGGUCUUUUAUCAUAUCAUCUCGAAAUGUCUCUCCUAGAUGGCCUCUCUGCCUGGUACAUCUUAUCCAAGUCUCUCAGCCUCCCUCAGUCUUUAUCAAGUCUCAUGCCAGUAUGAUCCAUUUUCUGAAACCUGAUUCCGCGGAGCACCAGCCAGUCUGCAGGGACUGAGGACAUUCUGCCCGGCAUUGUUUCAUCUGAGUCCCAGUCCUGGCUUGUCCCACAAGCCCCGUGUCUCACUCACCCUUAGUAUGGUGAGCUUGAGAGGUGCUUUGUAGAUAUAUUAUACCCAUGUAAUAAGUACGCCUUGUGCGAGCUCACAGAGAAUCCCAAAAGUCAGUAGUCAUCACCGGCUCUUGCUCGGGACUUCCUCACAUGGCCAGCAUCUAAAGCGUCACUUGGCACAUGCUACUACAUCCAGGCUUUAUAAGGCAACUAUCCCAAAAUCAGGAGAUAAGAAUAAACAACUCCCAUUUUUAAAAGGGAAUCUUGGACCUUUAAAAGAGUCUGUUUAGGAAAUCUGCCCCCUGGGAAAAUAUUGUCUAAUUGCUCCCUGGGGGGGAAAAAGGCCUAGUAGAGAAUAAAACAUUCAAAUCCCUUCUGCUAACCAUCUCCACCCUCACCCUGAUACCUGAAAUUCCCAAACACACCUUAGUAUGUGGUUGACCAGUUUGGACAAAAUAGGAAUGAUGUUCUUGUCCCAGCUGCUUAGUCUCUCUCUAUAACAACCCCACUCUCUCCUCAAGACUUGUUUCUUUACCAGUAAAAUUCAGAAGUACAUGAAUUUUUGUAGUACUUUAAUAGGCAUCCUGAAAAAAAAAUGUAGGGGAGAAACUGUUUCAUGGCCACGUCUUGGAAAGAACACCUUUCAACCAAGUUACAUUUUCCUUUACUCCUAACUCUUUGGCAACUUUGGUGGCCAGCCUAUGAAACUCAAUGUCUCUCUAUUUAUUUAAACACAGAACUCUUUUUCUUCAAGAUAUCCUGGAAUGUGUUGCAAGAAACCACUUUGGGACUAUAGAUGAUGACAGACACUAUCACCGACAUUCCUUCCAGCCACACUGGAUCCAGGAAACCUGUGCUGUUACAGCUAAAUGUUCUAAAAGGAUAAACAUGAAAGAAAUGCACUAGAAAUAGGAAAGUAACCAGGUACCAAGAACUCUUGCAGAGCAAAUCAAUCUGCAGCUAUUUAUUGGCUGCCCAGUCUGUGAAAAGCACCUAACUAAUCCAGCUGUGCUCUUGGCAAACUAUAAAAGAAGUCAUAAUCUACUUCAAGGGUUCUCUGGGAUUCGUUCAAGUCCUAACACCUUGAGAGGCUCUGCCAAGAACUUAGAUAGCACCACAGGAGUCCUGGGAAUGAUGAACAAGAGACAACCAAAUUUUCCUCUAGUGUCAAGGAAGGACUCACUCAAUGGGGUAUGGGCAAAAUAAGAGUCGAUCUCAAUCGAGGAUCUGUCUGUGGUUGCAAAGCUUUGAUAAUGAAGUUUCCCUCCAUCCCACAGGCAAGAGUGACGCCAGAUGCCAGGCACGGUCACACCUGUGAUUCCAGCAGUUAGCAGAGAGAGGCAAGAGGACUUCCAUGUGUCCCAAGGCCAGCCUGGACAACCGCAUGAAGCCAUCCACUAAUCAGAAAAAGGACAGAGAGAUGGUUGGUGUUACGUUUGGCACACGAGUAAAUGGCCUAGAAAUACAGAAAUGGAAGUCAAACCGCCGAGGAUCCUGCGGCGGUGACCUCGGGGCUCUGGACGAAGCCACAUUUGAGAUCUGACUCUUAAGCACUGUUCUCACCCUUGCAAGAAACUGAAAAACAUCCGCCUUUCUGCAGUGAGAGUAGUAGUGCACUUCCUUCCAGAGAACUUGCAGAUCCAACUGGCAUCAGCAUCAGCCCCGUUUGCCUGCACCCAUCUCUUGGCCCCCUUUUUCAGAAGACAAGAUUUGAGGAAUUUCCACAAGAAGCCACGGCAUGUCUCCUUUGGCACAAACGGUGAAACCUGAAACAUGGCCUGAAGAGGAAGCUGCAGAAAGAACCUUAGGGAAGCCAGCUGACAUUUGCAUUGCUUUAAGGUUUACUGAGCACUUCUCUGUAUACUUUCACCACUUCCCAGUAUGUGGGUAGGACACUCUGUGCUUUAGAGGUGAUGGAGGUGAGACAGAAGUAAUCACGGGGCUUUUAUGUGGAGAGCAAAUUUGGGGAAUUCCCCUACUUCAAACCUUUCAUUUGAUGAGUAGAGAAUUAGAUGCACGGGAAUUUAGUGAGUUGUCCAAACCCUCAUAACCAGUUACGAUCAAAGCCAGGAUAGGAAAGAAGGUCUCAGUGCACGGGCCAUGUAGGAAUCAUAUGGACAGGAAGACUGGCCGUCUGGAAGCCAGGCUGCACUAGGCCCUUUCUACUGCUCAGCCCUGAGUUUUUCAAAUGGCAGUCUUAAAGCCCCAGAAGUGAUGGGCAGGAUGGAGUCGGGAGGAAGCGCCUGACUGACGUUAAAAGUGCUUCAGAGACGGUUCCAAGAACCUGGGCAAGAAGACCACGGUGUGACCAGAGGCACAGCACGGGUGAGUGAUCCACCAGGAUGCUUCAGGGGGAGUGCUCCAUCAGGAUGUUUCAAGGGAAGUGCUCACCAGGAUACUUCAGGGUGAGUGCUCCACCAGAUGAUUCCAGGGCCUCUUCACGCCCAGGCUGAGUGCAAACUUCACUUGUAACUGAGGAUGGACAUCAACUUGUAGCCAUCCCGCCUCUUCCUCCUGAAAGCUGGAGUUACAAGGGCAUCUAAUCUGGUCUCAGACAUCUUUACACUUUGGCUUGCCUGAAUCUUUGCAGCUUGGGAUCCUUCAGUCUGCCUGCCACUCAAAGUUCUGUCUAUGGAGACUUUGAGAGAGGACUGGGCAGUUCCUUGAGAAAACACUGUUGCUCCUGUCAGUGAACUUGAGUCCAUCUCAUAUGCCAAGCAUGAAGAGAAGGUGUUAUACGGACACAAGCUGGACUUCCUGGUUGGGCCUCAGAGAGAGAGGAUGUGCUUAGUCCUGCUGGGACUGGAUGUCCUUGGGUGGAUGGUACUCAAGGGGAGGGGGUUCUCUGAUGUCUGGCAUGGCCAGACACAAGAGCCACAUGAAAGGACGAUGGCAGCCUCUUCCACAUCUGGUGGACAUUGGUCCCAGAAGUUCGGCCAAUCAACAGGAGACAUUUCAAGAAUUUGAGAACAGAACAAGGAAGUUCUCUGACUCUAGAGGAAAAUGCAUCCUAACAACAUCUCCAGAGAGUGUCCAAGGAAUACAACAACCUCCCCCUCACGGAGAUUCCAACAAGAGAGAGCGGCUAGACCACACUUCCUCCUUUGAAGCUCACAGUCACAGUGUAAAAAAAAAAAAAGUUAUCUGCACGGAGGAAGAGACCCAGGAAUACCUGCAUCUGAAGCCCCCAGGCCUGGCUUCUCGUGUGUCAGAGGAUUACAGAAGAUUAACAGCAGAGCUUGGAACUUGACUCCGCUCCGCCUCACUGGGUGUGGCAGAUGUCUAAAUACCAUCAUGGUGGAAUGGAUGCUCUGAGUGUGUUCUUAGAAUGAAGCCUGGCAGCCAGGUGCUCUCUGCAUACUCAAAGAGUCUCUCUGCAGUAGUGACCAGUUCUGUGGUAUAAAGGGUUUGCAGCCCCAGUGAGAAGAAGCAGGGUGGACCUCGGUGAAGAAUAAUUCCAAACAACCUGCCAGCCCUUCCUAAACUUCUGCUACUGGAAAAGCUCUGAGACCUUGCAAUCAUUUCCUCCUCAAAAUUAGUCGACACCGAGGAUUCUUUCCGCCAGGUUCCCAGAGACAAACAGCUCAAAGCGAAAAGGUUAAAUACGUUGCUAUUUGUCGUCCAGCCACCGAGCAGCAGAGAUGGGAUUUGAACCCAAGGAUACCCGUGCUCUUCAGCACAGAAAUGGCCUUUCUUUUCCUGUGCCAUCAGACAUCCCAAGUUCCAGAACUUGCCGUACGAUCCUGAGGAAGGAUCUUUAGUCUGUGCACUUGUCAAACACAGAAAACAGCAGCAUCCCGUCCUGGAGGGUUUGCGAAAGUAGACAGCAAUAAGCUAUCAGCUUUCUACGCUAAAUGAAGAUGAUGCAUAAUGGUCCAAGCUAGAAACAUCUCCAAUGCCCAUCACCAGGUAGGCAAACAGAAAUGUGGUAUAUCCAAAUCCAUAAAGCAGCACAAAUGCACGCCUAUGUCAAAACUGACCAAACCACACUCUUUACAUAUGUGACCUUUAUUGUACGCUAAUUAUACCCUAAUCUGGCCCUUUACAAAAACAAAAUCAGAUACCGUUUUCCUCCUAACAGCUUGACAAAGAUUAAAAACUGCUAUCUGGAGUUGGCAACGAGAUAGAGGACGGGAAUUCUCCCUGGAGUUGGCACUGAGAGCUGUGAUCCUCUCUUUGGAGUGUAAUUUAGUAGCAAUUAUAACCUUUUCAAUGCAAAUGUAUAUGGCCCCACAAUGCACCCAUGCUUGGCUAGCAUCCCAUGGCAUCCCCCUGGCAUGUGCGUGAAGUGAACCAAAGCACACCUGUGGGCUGCAGCAGAACACAGAGACUAAGACACAGCCCUAGAAUUGGAAUCCCUGCAUCAGCCCUCCCAGAUCAGGAGGUUUGUUACUGCAUCCCGGAUGUCUUACCUGUAAAGCGGGGGUUUAAAGCAUCACCCGUCUCCUCAGUGUGUGGGGGGUGCUCAAAUAACGCAUACAAAGCAAACACGGGGCAGAGACGACAGAUAAAGAGCUAAGCUGUCACCACAGGUUCAUAAUGGAGAAACAGACAAACAGGAAACUACCCAAGUACUCUGCAGUGCAGGAUCAGCAACUGUAGGGGCAGAUUUUCGGGUGGAGUGAUUCCAAAAGAGCGUGCUCUCUGUAUAUGACAUGAAGUGAUUCCCACGACCUAGACCUACCACUGGAAAAAACACGCAAAGCAACGUGUAUGGGAGGGAAAUCAUCUGAGAACAUGGUGGUGGCCACCUCUGGGGCUGGAGAGACAAUUAAGGCCAUCAAUAUUGACUUUUUUAUUUGGUCCUUUUUAAAAUUUUGCUAUAAUAAACCUUAUACAGUAAAGCACAAUAAUGGAAA